AUGGUGGGCAAGGCCGCAAAGGCCAAAGGCGAGGCCAACGCGCUGGAGCCGCCUCCCGCGGAAGAGGCGGAGGCGGCCUUGGAGGAGGACGGGGGAAGUGGGGCAAAGGAGGGGAGCAGUCUGCUGGACCAUGUCAGAGAGCUGUACCCUCUUGGGAGUGAUGCGGCCAAGGGGGGGCUGUCGGCGGCGGACGUGCUGGCCGCCCUGAGCGCCAGGAUGAGGAAGCACCUUGUGUAG